AUGGCGUUGGAGGCCUCUGCCACAAACAUACUCUGCCAGAUCAUUAGUCAGGUCAAGAAGCAUCCAAGCUUGAUGCCCCUCUUUGUAUUUAUUGGAGUUGGAGAUACUGGAGCAGCACUGUAUCUCUUGUUUCUGGCAUUGUUCAAUCCAGAUGUUAAUUGGGACAGAAAGAAUAACUCAGAGCCCUGGAACAAACUGGAUCCCAAUGAUCAGUACAAGUUCUACUCAGUGAAUGUGGAUUACAGCAAACUAAAGAAAGAAGGUCCAGAUUUCUAA